AUGUCAGGAUGUUUGUUGGGGCUUAUUCAGGAAGAUUUGAGCAGGUUUGAUUGUGUUUCGGAUGAACUAGCUCUUCAAAUACGAGUCAUUGCUAUGGUUUGCGUCCAGUCACAGUGUAGAGCAGAGCCAGCACUUUGGCCACCUUCAAGCCUUCAUUUGACUUCAUAUUACAAUUCUGUUAAUAUUCUUGAAAUUCUACUCGAAGUGUUCGGUUACGAAGAAUCCAUGAGUUUUGACGGAUCAACACCCGCACAAUUUGCCGCAAUGAAAGGACAUCUGCGAGCAUUGGUUGUACUCUUUCGCAAUCAGAAUAUUAGUAUUUAUUCCUGCCUUGGAGGAUUUAACGCAUAUGAAUUUCUUAGAAGUUUUGCGAAGCCCAGGGAAAGCGAGAAAUUACCCUGCUUAUCACGAAUUUAUGCAUAUGGUGACAACAGUACUAUGUUUUUGGGUAUUGUGCACGAAAACCUUAUCACAAGUCCUGUCCCUGUUCAUUUUUUUGAUGAGAUUAACUUCAGAAAGGAAGUUACUCAGGUUUCUUUCGGAAAAUAUCAUGCCAUUUACUUGAUUGAUGGACAAGCAUACUCAUGUGGUUUAGGAAGAUAUGGCAAAUUAGGACAUGGAAAUGAAAAAGAUCAGUUAACAUUGCGAGAAAUAAAGUUCUUCGAAUCAAUUAUUUGUAUUUCUGCUGGGUUGACACACUCGAUCAUAUGUACACAAAAAAAGAUCAUAGUGUUCGGACUGAAUGAUAAGGGACAACUAGGAUUGGGCACAAAACAGCUUGUGUUAACUCCAACAGUCGCUAAAUUUUUUAAAGAAAGUCGGGAUUACAUCAUUGCCUGUUCGACAGCUGAAGCAUGUUCAGUAAUCGUCAUGAGUAAUGUUCGUAUCCUUUUCCAUUCAACCAUAGGAAUUAUUGAAGUUUUGGAAGAUUCACGUGAUUACGUUGCUAUUUUCAGUUCGAUUUCUACGUUACUGGAACAGCGAAUGAUAGCGAUCAAAGUUGAUGGCAAAAGCUAUUACAUCACCAGUACUGUGCAUGUUACGCGAUGCAUUGGGGUUUAUUAUGCUCCAAAUUUGGGUGCUGUGUUUUCUGGUUACAAGUGUUUCUACGAAAGUCGUGGUCAACCAUUAACAUCAGGGAUAUUUUUAUUCGAUUCAGAAUGUCAUGGUCUGCUUCGAUCCGUAUCCUUUUAUAACAGUUUGAUGAGAAGAAGCAUAAUUGAAGUGAUAAGUGCGGAUAUUACUCAUAAUGGACGUAUAAUCAUCGUUGACUACAUGGGAGACGUUUACGAAGGAACUUUUGAAAAUUAUACACUGUUUUCGGACCCAUAUUUCGGCAACGUUUGCAACGGUUCUACAUGGGUUACUGAGUACAUGGUAAAGAUAAAGGUUUAUCGAUUACGUGGGAUUUUCCCAGCAAAAAGUGCUUUUUUAGCACCAGAUGGAAAAAGCAAAAUAUUGAAUUUGUAUGAGAUCGACACACGAUCGGUCCAUCAUGAUACAGAAAAUGUAUCUGAAGUGGAAUUUGCAAGUUGUAACGAAGCUACAGUCAUAUGUACGAAUGAGGAAGGUCAUGAAGUGGCACGCUAUGAAUUUUUUCUGGAAAUACUCAAACAUGAGAGCGAAGUCUGCUCAUCGUAUUUUGAAAGAUGGUCAGGAGGACAGAAUGAAAUCCGAAUUACAGUGAAGCCACAGAUAAUUGAAAUAUUCUUGGAUUUUUGUUACGACCACUGUUUACCUCCAGAAUUGAGCAUACAAGAAUUAACGGAAUUAUUAAUAUUUGCGGAUAAGCUAAUAUGCAAAAACUUCUUCAACGCAAUCAAGAAAGAACUAUUCAAACCUCCAUUUGAAAUGUCGAAAUUGCGACAGCUCUAUGCUUUGGCUCGUUAUCUGUCAUCUGUAGAGCUGUAUAAAAGUUUGAGCGAACUUUGCGCAGCAGUGUUUCCGACACUUUUGGAAAAUGGAUUUGUUAAUGAGCUAUUACUCGAUGAAAUUGCAUAUAUUGAGGACGCUUUUCGUUCAUAUGCUUUGGACAAUAUAGUUCGGAGUGUGGAUGAAUUUGUAAUUGCUUCGGAAUCAAGGAUUACGAGAUUGGUAGUUCCAGAGCAAACUGUAAGAAAUAUCAUCAUGGAUGUAAUGGAAGUUGUAAAAGAACCGAUGGAUACUAAGGAAUUAAUUGAUUUGUGCAGGAAUAUAAAGAAUGAUUUGCAUUCGGUGAAACGAUGGAAAGAAAUCAGAUCGGCAGGGAAUGCUGUUAGUGUGGAAACCAAAUGUGGACGACAGAAGGGAUCCCAUAAGAAAAUUAAAAAUACUGAUACUACGAAUAAGAAGAAUGAAAACUCUAUCAGUGAGAAAAAUGAUAAUGCUACCAAUAAGAAAAGUAAUAACGCAGCCAGUGAGAAAAAUGAUAAUUCUACCAAUGAAAAAAGUAUUAACUCUACCAAUGAAAAAAAUGAUAACGCUACAAAUGAGAAGAACGAUAACACUGUCAAUAAGAAAAAUGAUAAUUCUAUCAACGGGAAUAAUACUACCAAUAAAAAGGAUGAUAACGCUACCAAUGAGGAAAAUGAUAACGCUGUCGAUGAGAAAGAUGAUAAUACUUCUAAUGAGAAAAAUGAUAACUCUACCAACGAGGGAAAUGUUAACUCUAAUGAGAAAGAUGGUGACACUACUACCAACGAGAAAAAUGAUAAUGAUAGUGGUCGUGUUCAUACGCCAAAUAUUCUCGCCAAGAUUGCAAUUGCGAAAAACCAAGUCUGCGAGAAGGGUAUUCCUUCGCUUAUCUCUCUUUCGGAUGAAGGAGAAGAGAAAACUGGUGAAAGUAAGCAAGAAGAGAAGAAAGAUCCUUGCAUUUUACUAAGCAAUACAUCAAAAAAUCCUUGUGGGUCUCAGCGAGAAACUUCGAAUUCCUGGCAUCUGGAUGAAUCUGUGACAUGUGAAAAUUCAUUUGCACAAAUAAUGGAAGAUGAACAAGCCCGGCAGUUACAAACGAUUCGACAAACAAGCUCUCGUCUUUCUGAUAUAAAUAUAGAACAGCAAGCAAUGGUUGAGUUGACAGCGCAUUACGAAAGCGAGGCUACGAUUCAAGGUGUCUCAAUCACAGUUAGCACAGAACAUGAGCUUGAAGAAAUAAAUGAUCCACUUUGGGCUGCAAGAUCAGCUCAUCAAUGA